UCUCCUCCUUUUCUUUGCUAGGGUUUGUUUGCUAUAAUAACUACUAUCUAUCGGCUCUUCUUCACCUCAUCACCUGUCCUAUCGGCCAUGGAGAGCUUCGCCAGUCUCGCAGGAGGUGGCAGCAGCAGCACCACAGCUCGGUUGCCGGAGCUGAUCCCGCCGGAGAACCCGGACCGCAUCUCGCCGCCCCCGUUGCUGUACCAGCUGCUCGCCGGCUCGGCGUCGUCGGCGCGGCAUGGGCAUGGACACCACCACGGCGGCGGUGGCGGCGCAGCAGCAGCAGCUGUGCAGGGACUACAGGUCUCGCCGGCGGGCGCGGAGGCGGCGAUGAAGGCCGAGAUCAUGUCGCAUCCGCAGUACUCGGCUCUCCUCGCCGCCUACUUAGGCUGCAAAAAGGUCGGGGCGCCGCCGGAUGUACUGACCAAGCUCACGGCCGUGCCGGCGGCGCAGCAGCAGCUGGACGCAGCCGACGGCCACCCUCGUCGCCGGCACGAGCCACGGCGUGAUGACGACGUCCCGGAUCAUCAGCUCGAUCAGUUCAUGGACGCGUACUGCAGCAUGCUGACGAGGUACAGGGAGGAGCUGGAGCGGCCGAUCCUGGAAGCCGCGGAGUUCUUCAGCUUGAUUCGAUCGCUGCUGCUGUUUUUAACAGACAGUAAUUGUGAAGGCACGGGAUCAUCCGAGGAAGAGCAAGACACGAGCUGUCCUGAGGCUGAGGAGAUCGACCCUAGUGACAAGCAGCUGAAGCACCAGCUUCUGAUGAAGUACGGUGGCUCGUUGGGCGAUCUCCGGCAGGCGUUCUCCAAGAGGACCAAGAAAGGGAAGCUCCCCAAGGAGGCCAGGCUGAAGCUUCUGCACUGGUGGGAGCUGCACUACGACAAAUGGCCCUAUCCCUCCGAGGUGGAGAAGAUGACGCUGGCGCAGACGACGGGGCUGGACCAGAAGCAGAUCAGCAACUGGUUCAUCAACCAGAGGAAGCGGCACUGGAAGCCGACGCCGGUGGCAGGCAUGACCUUCCCGACAGUGGAAGCUGCCGGAGGCGGCUUCCGACACUCCGGCCACGACGGCGGCCUUGCGGCGGCGGCGGCGGCGGCGGCGCUGCCGCUGUACAUGGGCAGCUGGCCGUUCGUUGUGGACGGCAUGUACCGGCUCGGGUCUUGAAGCCUCUGGGGAUCGCAUGAUGUUCCCAUGAUCAGCCUGUGGGACGGUGAAAUGGAAAAACUGGUGAAUCUUCAUCACGAUCUUUCCUCUCAUUUUUUUUUCUUUUUUCCUUUUUGUGUGUGAUAAAAGCUCAGAUGUACCACGUACUACUGUCUGCUUCUUCGCAAAUGGAUAUGUAAUUGAAAGCUUUAAUUCUAAACAUGGCACUCCUUCUGUUUUGUAUUAUAA